GGAAAGCGAGCCCGCCUUCUGACAUUUGGCAGAAAUCAUUUGCCGCCGCUGUCUUGUGUUUUCCAAUGCGCGUUCUCGCUAGGUUUUCCGCGGACGCGUGCACCCCAGCCCCCUUGUUUGACUGUGAAGUCACCCGCAGCUCGAGAAGCUUUUCGGCUAGACAUGGCGGCGGACCUCAAACCGGACUGGCUUUCCUGUCUUCCCCCUUCUUGGAGUUACGGUGUCACCCAGGAUGGACGUAUAUUCUUUAUCAACGAAGAAGCCAAGAGUACAACCUGGUUGCAGCCUGUUAGCGGAGAGGCUGUAAUAACUGGGCACAGAAAAACUCUAGAUUUACCAACAGGAUGGGAGGAAGGCUACACAUUCGAGGGCGCUCGCUGCUUCAUCAAUCACAAUGAGCGAAAGGUGAUGUGUAAGCACCCUGUCUCAGGAGCUCCCUCGCAAGACAACUGUAUCUUCGUGGUGAAUGAACAUGUGAAAUAUGGAAAGCUUGUCCAUCCUGACAAGCCCCUAGAGGCUGACAUCAGGACAACGCCAAAGACAGAGGAGGAAAAUAGCGGCAAUAAAAAGGAGCGUCCCAUGAGCACCAUGAGCGAAGCGUCCAACUACACAGGUGGCUCAGACAACAGCAACUUCACCGGGAGCCCUGCCACUACUUUGACUCACUCUUCGUCAUUCACACGGCCUUCUAGGUCUUCCAAAAAAGUUCACAACUUUGGCAAGAGGUCCAACUCUAUCAAGAGAAACAUAAAUGCCCCGGUGGUCAAAAGCAGCUGGCUUUAUAAACAGGACAGUACAGGCAUGAAGCUAUGGAAGAAGAGGUGGUUUGUUCUGUCGGACAUGUGCCUUUUCUACUACCGUGAUGAAAAAGAAGACAGCAUCCUUGGUAGUAUCCUGCUCCCGAGCUUUCAUAUCUCCAUGUUGUCAGUGGAUGACCACAUCAGCAGAAAAUAUGCCUUUAAGGCCACUCACCCCAAUAUGAGGACGUACUAUUUCUGCACUGACACAGCCAAAGAAAUGGAGUCCUGGAUGAAAGUCAUGACAGACGCUGCCCUUGUCCAUGGUGGACCUGUCAAAAACUCUGCGGGACAAUGCCCACAAAUAGACAUGUUGGACAAGUUUAAAGUAGAUCAGCCGGCACCUCAGGAAUUAAACAACCUAUUGAACAACAGAGUCUUCAGCCGACCAGAGAUCCAAAACAACGAACGAAAUAGUGUGCCUGUACGUCAACAUUCCUUAUCACGAGCUGAUGAGAAACGACUGAAAGAUGCUGAUAAACCGCACGGCGAGAAGGAGCGAGAGUACUACACUUUACAGAAAGAUGGGGGGAGGUAUUGCUUAAAGCAAGACUGUGUUAGCUACAUGCUCCAAAGGGAUGGUGACAAGUAUCUCCUGCACAAGGGAGGUGAAAAGUACAUGCUGCAGAAGGAUGGCGAAAGGUACUCCAUCCAAAGGGACUUGGACAAGUGCUCAAUUCGGAAAGCCGACGACAAAUACAGAGCGACGCCAACAGAAGAGAAACUUGCUACAACUAAAGUUGGUGAUAAAUAUUUUUUGUCAAAUGAUGAAGAAGACGCAUUCCUACUGCAAAAAAUGGGAAUCCCACCCACCCUUGUAAAAGAAACACAGAAAUACGUCCCUCAGAGAGAAGUGAGGAGGCAGCUUUCAUUAAAGGAAACACAGAGUAAAUAUGGAACAUUACAAAUUGUGGACAAAUAUAACACUUUGAAGGAAGUUAGGAAAUACAGCACGCUCAGAGAAGGGGAUAAAUAUGCAACGCUAAGAGACUUGGAAAAGUAUGCUACGCUUCGUCAUGGGAAUGAACACCGCUUCCAGCAAGAUCCCAGUGUCGAGCUGUCUCACACAAAAAUAAGCAACCUAAAACUACAACCAGCCCAGGCGGCUACCAUUGCAGCAGCGGUGUCUGCUUCCCGCCAGGGCCAGGCCACACUCGCGUUGCCAAAACCUACACAGGUGAACGGAUCAGGGUCCGUAGACCACACAGCAAAAAACGAAUACCAGGUGAGGGUUGCAGCGACUCCAGUUCAGGAACCAGCUCGAGGUUUGUCCAGAACCAAUUCCAUUCAGCAGUUGGAGCAGACGAGUCGCAGAACUCGGACAGAAGAUGAUAGAAGUGUUUCAUCCUACCAGACUUUACCCAGAAACAUGCCCAGCCACCAUGCCCAGCUUGUACCCAGAUACCCAGAGGGCUACCGCACGUUACCCCGAAACAGCAUGAUGAGGCCUGACAGCAUCUGCAGUGUGGCGGGUUCAACAUAUGAUCAGGCUCUUCGACCUGCCUCAACCAGCACCGUCACCACAGCGGAGAAGAGAAGGUCAAUGAGAGACGACACCAUGUGGCAGCUGUAUGAAUGGCAGCAGAGGCAGGCCUUCUCCAGGCAAAGUCUGGCUCAACCAACAGGUCAUUAUGGCACCCUUCCCAGCACAAAAACAAUGGGCAACAUAUCAGAACACGCCGCCGUACACUCCAUCCCCACCUCGCCAUCGCACGGAUCGUUAGCGCUCUACAACACUCUGCCCCCUCCAUGCAAGCAAGGCGUUUCCAACACCGGCAGCUCCCACUCCGAAGUGCCAUCGCCAAACUUUAGUGAAGAUGGGACGCUUGAUUGUCUCCAUAGGACACACCCUGCCAAGUUCGGGAGCACACUCGAUCGCCGUCCCAUGGGAGCUGGUGUUCCUUUUCAGCCCAUUACACCUCAGUCGCUGCAAGGCAAAACGCCUGAGGAACUGACACUGAUGCUCAUCAAGCUCCGCCGGCAACAGGCAGAGCUCAACAGCUUGCGGGAACACACACUAUCCCAGCUAAUGGCCCUUGGAAUAGAGGGGCCCAAUCCCAAGAAAAAGGAGAAUGAGCCUCUUAUCUUCAUCAUUCACACUAUGAUCGAGAACUCGGCACCACGGCCGCAACUCUACCAGCAAAUAACUCCAGAUGACUACAAAGACUGCUCUAUAAUCCAACCCGCCGACGACAUUGAUACCAAAUUGAGCAGGUUUUGUGAGCAGGACAAGUUAGUGAGGAUGCAAGAGGAGAAACUACAGCAACUACACAGAGAAAAGCACACUCUGGAGACAGCACUGCUAUCUGCCAGUCAAGAGUUAAGUGACCAAAGUAAUCCCAGUGCGUCAGCUACACAAAGUCUGGUCCAGCAGCGAGAUGUGCUCCAAAAUGGCCUGCUUAGCACUUGCAGAGAACUUUCCAGAGUCAAUAUGGAGCUGGAGCGCUCAUGGAGGGAGUAUGAUAGGUUGGAGGGAGACGUCACAUUGGCAAAAUCCAACCUACUGGAGCAGCUGGAAGCUCUGGGCAGCCCACAGACAGAGCCUCCAAGCCAGCGGCACAUUCAAAUCCAGAAGGAGCUGUGGAGAAUUCAGGAUGUGAUGGAAGCAUUGACUAAAAAUAAACCACAGCGCAGCAUAGACAGUUGUUCUGAUUCCAAGCCACUAUCCAGCCAACACAAGAAUGAGGCAGUGACAUUGCUGCCACUCAGUCCUAUCAAGACGGGAAACGGCGUUCCCCCCCGUCCACCUCUUCCACAGUACUACUAUUCAUCCGAGCAACCCCCUCACAUCCCUUCCCACCAUCCAAACUCCAGCAGCCGCCCACCUCCUUAUACGCAACGUCCCGAGGACCGCAAAACCGGCUCUAGGAAUGGCGCGCACAGUCAAGGUCCAGACUAUCGGUUGUAUAAGAGUGAACCUGAGCUCACCACAGUCAAAGAGGAAGUGGAUGAAGUCAACGGUGAGGACAAAGACAAGGACAAGAAUGAAACUGCUGAGAAUAUUGAAAUUGUAGCCACAAAAGUUGUACCCCUCUACCCAGUGGGCAUUAUUCCUCCGAGAACCAAAUCCCCCAUGAGCCCUCCCGAGUCCACAACUAUUGCCUCCUACGUCACCCUGAGGAAGACUAAAAAGACAGAAUCCAGAUCGGAUCGUCCCAGAAGUGCACUAGUAGACCAGAUUGGCUACGGGGAGAGAGAGGUGGGCCGACCCAGGAUGAGUGUGGAGGAGCAGAUGGAAAGGAUGAGAAGACACCAGGAGGCAUCAUCUCAACGAGAGAAGAGAAGAGAAGCCCUAUCUCGCUCGCAUUCGUUUGGCAAAGACGAGCCCUUUGUUAUGCCACAGUUCCGGGACCUCACAGAGGGAGCCUGCGCAGACCCAAUUGAGCUGGAAGCAGCCCUGAAGCAAGUUACAAUGUUUCACAAUGAGCAGAGCAGGACGGAAGCUGAAAAUCAAACCUACACACAGAGUGUGCCGAAUACAUCAGAGCUGUGUGAAAUGCAGACAGUAGUGAUUUUGGACCAGCACACUGAGACCCAGCAUGUGGAGAUUGUAAGCCUUCACUCCUUUGAGGAUGACAACAGCAGAGGCGAUAUGACCAGCUCACCAACCAAUAUCACAACUGAAAAUAGCUUCCAGAGUCCUGAUCCAGAGACGCCAAGUCCUGACCCAAAAGAAGGGGAGGUAGAUGUGCUCCAACAAAAUUCCAGGGAGGAAAGCCUAGAGAAGCACUUGGAAUCUUACAACCAGCUACCAGAAAAUGACAAGAAAAACAAUAACAACUUAUUGGCUUCACAAAUAUUCACUAUGGUGAGCAAUGACACAUGAGCAUCAACCUGGACAUCCACGAUGGCAUCCCAUAGAGCCCAAAUGUAGCAAGUUACAAGAAGCUCACCCCCCAAUUUCCCACAUUUACAACACAACUACGAUGACACAACAAGGAGACUGAAAAAGAUGAUGGCAAGUGGUCGAGGCAGAGACUUUAGGUGUACAUGUUGUUAUCCCAAAGGUUUUUUAAAGUUAAACAUAACAAAAACUAACUAACUUUGUAUCAGUACUUCAAUUCAAAAAGUGAACCUCGAAGUAUUUUUCCCAUGUAGUAUUUAAAUCUGUACAACACAAGUAUCACUUUUUGAAUUAAACUACUGAAACAAAAUGAAAUUGCAUUCAAUUGUCUAACUUUUGAGAUGAACCAGUAUAUUAUAAUAAUCCAUUUAUUGAUUAUGUUUGGAAAUUUUCAUGCGUACUUGCCUAAAAUAUGUUCCAACAAAACUAGAUUAUAUUUGUUCACAAAGUCUUAUAAGUUAGCUUUCUCUGUUUCUGUUUCUACACCAGUUCGUUAUUUUGUUAUAAAAGCUUCUGAACAAUUUUCUAACCUGUUUGCUGCUGAGCAGUUGUACGUGACAUGUGGCUGGAUGGGCAUCUGACUACAAUUGUAAGAAAAACAGAUGGAUAUUUAUUAAUUUAUUCAUGAAUUAAAUCUCUGAAUGUUCAAAAGUCCUGUUUCCAUGCUGCUCAGAGAACGUUGCCAUAGCGAAAGGAGGAAACUGAAUUAGUUGAGCCUGAAUCAAUCGAACGGAUAAUAAUGCAACUUGAUGCAUUUUGCAACACAACCAAUUUAACUACUUUAGUUUAUGCAAAAAAGUAUUAAGUAUACGCCGAAAACUGAACAAAAAGACAUAGCUACAAGAAUAAAGCACAUUAUGUAGUGAUGGGGGAAAUGGAGCUUCAAAUUUGCUUCAUGACCAACGUGUUGUAUUUUUCGACUCCACUAGGUGGCAAUGUAGGUUUGAAUACAGAUGUUUCAGAAAUGGCAAGUCAGUAAUGCUGCACGAUCGAACACCAAGGCUUUGUUACAAAAUUUGAAUGUUACUAAUUAUAAAUCAUAGUGCGACACUAACAUUAAUUUGUGAAAUCAUAAUAAAUUUCCAAUAGUCUUUACCAAGAACAGUACCAAAAACGUGUAUCAGCUUGUUCUUCGCCUAUGUAGUAAAUUUCUGCUCGUGUUGAUUUAAUCCUAUUAGCAACAUAUCUUUUCACAAAAUUAACCUUUUUCUCAUAAAAUUACAUAAAACUUUGUUUUGCAAACCAUUUUUGCAGGAUUUGAUUAUUUCCGUAAAAGUAGCUAAAUUGAUAGAUGCAUUGUAGAAAACACAACUUGUAUUUUGAGGGAGGGCUUAAAAUAUCAAUUAUUGAUAUUUACGGGAACUAUGUUACUUAGCACAACAAAGCAAGCAAGUUGUUCGCUCCAAAACAAUUUGCCAAGUUGGUUUUAAAUUUUGAAGUUGGAGGGGACAAACAAGAAACAACGAUUCUGUAAACUCGUUGCUGUGAAAGAGAAUUCUCACAACAGCAAAAUGUAAAAUAUUCAAUUAGAAUGCCCAACGUAAAAUUGUAUGGAAGUUUGUCACCUAGAAAGUUCAGAAAUUUUUCGUGCAACAUUAAUAGAAUUGUAUAUGCUUUAUUCUCUAUUUUUUUUUUCUUCACAAAUGUCCAACAUUAAUCGACUAAACUACAACUUUAUCCGUUAUUUCUCAUUUCUUCACUGUAACAUUUUUAUGACAGUGUAUCACUAAUACUUCAUCGGUUUACAUACAAAUACAUGCACUAUCUCUGAUUUUUAUUUAUUUAUUUUGCAGGCUUAGUUUUGUGUCCUACAUCAGCGGCGGAAAGAAAGAUUUUUUUGUCUUUGCCUUUUUACACUUUGUGCAAAAGCUGGAUACCUCCACAAUCAUGCGCUUUCACAAAGCCGCACCAUUUCCCAGAGAGGCGGAAAAUGAUCUGAAGAUUAAAAGUGGGAAAUGGUGUUGCUUUUACAAACCGUGUGAUCUCGGAAGUUUAGCAAUUCAAACAAAUUUUGUGAGUGAAAUGUGACAUUAUGCUAAUUAGAUUUGGUUUCUAACUACAGUACAAGUACAAUUUGAUAUGCAGUACAUACAAUUUGUUGAUAUGUGUAUUCAAACUAGAAUAUAAUAUAACGAUGACAUUGUACAGCCUGGGGGGAGGGGGGGUGGGGUAGUCGAUAAAUUUUGUGUACAGCUGUAUAUAAUGGAGCAUUUGAGAAUUCGUACGGUGAAUGGCACCAAAUCACAACACAUGCAGUGCUUUACUUCAACUCCAAAGUGACCACGACUAGGUUCUGUUUGAAUUGAUCAUUUUCAUCCAUCUGGGUUGACUCUCCAGUGUCAUUUCCAGUGACAUUUAUUCUGUUUAAGGGAUGAGUAUGAGGCAAAAGGGUAGACACCCUAAGACAGUUUUCUGUUAAAGAGAAUAAAAGAGAAUAGCACAUGUACAAAGCAAUAAGUGGGACUUGAGAACAGAAAAGAAAUGAAAGUGAUGUAAAAAUCUGUAUAUAUAAUAAUAAUGUACAAAUUAAAAAGAAAAAGAGCAAAUAUAUUAUAGAGAUUAUUAUUAAUGUUAUUAGAUCCAAUAUGCAAAACGUUCAUACCCCAUGUGUUUUAUAUUGUGGAAUAAAUGUUGAAGUUCAUACAAA